GUUGGUAGCUGAUUAGAUAGGUAGCCGAUAAGAUAGGGCCUGAGUCUGGCCUCAGGCACUAGCCACACCUCUCUAAGUACUUGUACAUGCCUGGCAGAGGUGGGGAUAGAAAUACAUGUAGGUACUUAGGGCCCACAGGCAACCAAUGACCAUCCAUCAUCUAGUUCAAUACCUCGAUCUGUCAACUAAGUGAGUCCAAGCUAACUUGGACGAUGGUCAAUUAUCGACACCUCCUACGACGUGACCGACCGACCGACCGACUUUCCACUCCCCUCUUCCACUACCAUUCCUGCGCACGGCAUCGACGACGAGUUCCGCGAGAACGAGGCGAACGAGAAGAACGUAUAAAGACGAGCGGCUACUUCGCAGCUGUAAUAUAGGCGAGGACGAGUGUGCUUUUAUUAUAGACCUGGUUCUGAUCAGCCAUACCUACACGGCUAGGAGUUCUCCUCCACAUGAGCUUCUGGCCUACCUAACACUACCUUCGCCAAUUGAUUCCCUGCCGACCGUCCUCGACCGUCCACCUAGGUCUCGCCAUAUAACUAAGUUGCGGUCGCGAACAUGAGGCUAGACGUAAAGCGUCAGCUCUUUGCGCGCAGCGAGCGUGUCAAAUCGGUCGACUUCCACCCCCAGGAGCCUUGGAUCUUGACCACACUCUACAGCGGCCAUGUUUACAUAUGGUCUUACGAGACGCAGCAGGUUGUCAAGACUUUCGAGUUAACCGACGUUCCUGUGCGAGCUGGUCGUUUCAUCGCUAGGAAGAAUUGGAUUGUCUGCGGGUCUGAUGAUUUCCAACUCCGAGUUUAUAAUUAUAACACCUCAGAGAAAGUCACCUCCUUCGAAGCGCACCCAGAUUACAUUCGGGCCAUCGUUGUUCACCCCACGCAACCUUUCGUCCUGACAGCUAGUGAUGAUAUGACUAUUAAACUGUGGGAUUGGGAACGUCAAUGGAAAUGCGUUCAGGUCUUCGAGGGUCACAGUCACUAUGUAAUGAGCCUGGCAAUAAACCCGAAAGAUACCAACACCUUUGCAUCGGCCUGCUUGGAUAGAACCGUCAAAAUUUGGAGUCUCGGGUCAUCAUCCCCAAAUUUUACCCUCGAAGCCCAUGAGACAAAGGGCGUCAAUCACGUAGACUACUAUCCCCAUAGUGACAAGCCAUAUCUUCUAACAACUUCGGAUGAUCGGACCGUCAAAGUCUGGGAUUAUACGACCAAAUCUCUUAUAGCUAGCUUGGAAGGACAUACAAGUAACGUAUCUUUCGCUGUCUACCAUCCUGAGCUGCCCAUAAUUAUCUCGGGUUCCGAAGAUGGAACUAUCAGAAUGUGGCACGCCAAUACCUACAGGUUUGAACAAUCUCUCAACUACGGCCUAGAGCGAUGUUGGGCUGUAGCAUAUCAACGUGGCAAGCAGGGCAUCGCUGUCGGCUUUGAUGAUGGUGCCGUAGUGGUCAAAUUAGGUCGCGAAGAACCCGCCGUGUCUAUGGAUGGUUCUGGCAAGCUAAUUUGGGCACGACAUAAUGAAAUUGUCUCAUCUAUCAUCAAGGGUGGUGAUGCGUCUGUUAAAGAUAAUGUACCCAUCACACUUCCAACUAAGGAACUGGGCACUUGCGAGAUAUACCCGCAAACUCUGCUCCACUCUCCAAAUGGACGUUUUGUCGCAGUCUGUGGCGAUGGUGAAUAUAUUAUCUACACCGCUCUGGCCUGGCGUAACAAGUCUUUUGGUUCAGCUCUAGACUUCGUGUGGGCUUCCAAAGAGAACAGCAAUGAUUAUGCCAUAAGGGAAUCUAGUACUGUGAUCAAGGUCUACAAGAACUUCGUCGAGAAACCCGGUGGCUUAGACAUCCCAUUCCAGGUUGACGGUUUGACUGGCGGUAUUCUCCUGGGUGUAAAGGGCUCAGGAGGGAUAUCUUUCUACGAUUGGGCAACUGGUGGCCUUGUCCGACGAAUCGAGGUCGAGCCACGCCAAGUUUACUGGUCAGAGAGCGGCGAGCUUGUUACGUUAGCUUGCGAGGACACCUUUUAUGUCCUGAGAUACUCGCGCGAGAACUAUAUUGAAGCCGUUCGAGCUGGGCAAGUUGACGAAGAUGGCGUGGAAGCUGCCUUUGAGGUCAUCACGGAUAUCGCAGAGAGCGUUCGCACCGGCGAGUGGGUGGGCGAUUCGUUCAUCUACACCAACAGCACCAACCGGUUGAACAGCUUAGUCGGCGACCAAACUUACACAAUCACUCACUUCGACCAGCCUAUGUACUCAUUGGGUUUUAUCCAGAGGGAUUCGAGGAUUUACCUCGUGGACAAAGAUGUCAAUGUUACGUCCUUCGCCCUUUCGCUUCCUGUUCUAGAGUACCAAACUCUAGUAUUGCGAAAUGAAAUGGAGACAGCGGCCGAGCUGUUACCCAGCAUCCCGAGCGAUCAGCUCAAUAAGAUUGCCAGGUUCCUAGAAGGACAGGGCUACAAAGAGCUGGCGCUCGAAGUAGCUACUGACCCCGAGCACAAGUUCGACCUUGCCCUUGCGCUGAAUCAGCUAGAAAUUGCUCUGGAGCUGGCACGUGAGGCUGACGUGGAACAUAAAUGGAAGACGGUCGGUGACACAGCGCUCGCUGCCUGGGACAUAGCGCUUGCCACCGAAUGCUUCACACACGCGAGAGAUCUUGGCUCUUUGCUCUUGAUCUACUCAAGCACCUCGGAUCGGGAGGGCUUAAAGGCACUAUCUACACAAGCUGAAGAAUCUGGCGCUCAUAACGUUGCAUUUACUAGCAAAUGGCUGCUGGGUGAUACGGCUGGUUGUGUGGAUAUACUCGUCAAAACAAACCGCCUGGCGGAAGCUGUCCUCUUCUCUCAGACGUAUAAACCCAGUCUGACAACAAAGGCAGUCAAUGGAUGGAAGGAAAGCCUAGACAAAUCAAAAAAGGGACGUGUGGCCAAGAUUAUUGGCGUCCCAAUGGAAGACGAAGAUCUGUUCCCAGAAUGGGAAGAGUGGUUGCGAUUAGAAGAGCAGGGUGGAAGUGUGGAUGCUGUGGCCAAGGGCGAAAACAAGGCUGCCGAGUCGGAGGCUGAAGGGUCGAGUGAGGCGUCAGAAGAGGAUGAUGACGAUGACGAAGAAGAAGAAGACGACGAAGACGAGGAGGAUGAGUAAGGACGCUACCUUGUCCGUUCGUCGUGGACCAGCGAUGGGUUGAACGAGAAGAAAAAUAAGUAUAAACUCAUUUCCCAUAGUAGAAGAUGUUGCAUUCUAAUUUGCUACAUGAAAUGGUGGACUUAGACAGGCGAGCAAUGAAAAAAAAAAGGGUUGGAACACUUGGCUUCAAGUGGUUUGUA